AUGAGAGCCAAAAGGAAUUUACCAUUAAAUAAUGGGCUAAAAGGUGCAGGUUGCCCUUAUGGAACAGUUCCUAUAAUAAGAAUCAAUAAAGAUGACUUGGCAAGAGCAAAAAUGCUUUCAACAAUAUAUUCUUCACUUAUAGAUGAAGAACCUGGACAUCAUUAUGCAAUACUUCGAACAAAAACUAACCCCAAUAGGAAGCUUGUUGGUAUUGAAUCAUAUUUUAGCUUAUUUAAUGCAAAAGGAGUCACUGGAUCUCAGUAUAGUGAAUUCCGAAUGACAUUUUCAAAUGGUUUUGACAUCAUAAAAACAGGUUUCACGGUAAAUCCUUUACUGUUCAUGGACAACCAGACUCGUCUAUUUGCUCACAUCACGGUGGUUACGUUUUUGUAG